AUGAUCAACUAUGAUGAAACCAACAUGUCAUAUGAUCCAGGCAAGCAGCAGAUAAUUAUGAAACGAGGGAGUAAGCAUGCUGAAAAAGUGAUGGACUCAUCAAAAUCUAGUGUCUCAAUAAUGAUGGCAGCUAGUGCUGAUGGUAAACUGCUUCCUCCGUAUGUUCUUUACAAAUCAGAGCUUUUGUGGGACACGUGGCAAGAAGGUGGACCACAAGGAACCUGUUUCAAUAGGAACAAAACUGGAUGGUUUGACCUGCCAGUAUUUGAAGAUUGGUUGUUUACAAUCGCUUUGCCAUAUUUGAAGAGGCAAAAUGGGCCAACAGUCGUGAUUGGAGACAACUUAUCCAGUUAUGUGUCUUUAUGUGGUAUUGAAGAGUGUGAGCGGAACAAUAUUUCAUUCAUUCUCCUUCCCCCCAAUAGCAAGCACCCCCGCCAACCGCUUGACGUGAGCUUCUUCAGGCCAAUGAAAGCAGUAUGGUGA